GUUGAAUUCCAUUAUUUUUUAACGAAAAAAUCAUAGUUAGCCCAAAUUAAAUUCUAUAAAUACCUUCCCCCUCUUCAACCCUGUUUCUUGAACCUGCUAAACAAAUAAGACCAAAAUCUUCCAGCCCUUUCUCUCUCUUCCAAAAGGACAAAAAAGAAAGAGGACAAAAAGAAGAGCUUAUCUAGCAUGACCGUCGCGAAAACCAUCAAAUUCCUUUACAGCUACGGCGGCAGAAUCGUCCCCCGCCCCGACGGCAAGCUCCGCUACGCCGGCGGUCACACGCGCGUCCUCUCCGUCGACCGUUCGAUUACUUUUGCAGAGCUGAUGGUGAAAUUGGGGGAAUCGUGUGGAUCCUCCGUGAAUCUGACGUGUAAGCUGCCGGGCGAGGAUCUCGACGUGCUGGUCACGGUCAAGUCCGACGAGGAGCUCCGGAGCGUAGUGGAGGAGUACGAGAGGUCGUCGUUGCCUGAGGCGAAGAUCAGGGCGGUGCUUUUUCCUGCCAGAUCUGGGAAGAAAAUCACCCCACCGUCGUCUCCGAUUUCUUGUUUUGACUUCCCCUCCGCCGCGAAGGCGCGCGACGCGGCUCCUCCCUCCGUCGCCGCUGUCUACCGCGCGUACGCGCCUCCCGCGGCGGUGAGGCGGUGCGCGUCUCCGGUCGUCGGGUAUCCCGUCGUUGCCGGAAAAAGCCGUUACUGUCAGGCGAGGGCUUACCACGUGCCGAUUAGGAAUCAUACUCAAUAGUAAGGGGAAGGAUAUUGGAGGAGAAAAACAAGAGAGGAGUUGUUUCAUUUUUUUUUUAAACUACUGAAUUUGCGACCUUUUUGUUUUUUUCUUCCUACAAAAUGUCACACACUUAUAGAGACUUUUUCUCCGGCGCCGGGAAAAUUGAGCUAAGCUCUGUUCAAAUUCGCUCAGAUUUGAGCUGCAAUCUAACAAAAUGAGCUGAUAAUCGAGCUCCAACUUGGCUCAAUAACUGAGCUAUUAACAAGCUGAAAAUUAGAAAAUAUCAAGCUUGAAAUCUUAACUAUAUAGCCAAGAGCUCUUUGGUUAAUUUGACAGAAAAAUUAAAGAAAUUGUGUAAUUAAUUGUUUAACUGGUUUUGUUUGGCUUCUUUUUGAUGUCUCGACUGGAAAGCCGUUGGCCGGCGAAUGACGCGGUCGUUGGUAUCUGUCGACGGUGUCUGUGUGACACGUGACGGCCAAUGGGCCGCUGCGCGUGGAUAUCAGUCGCGUUCGAGGCGGGUGGGAUUCAUAGGCAGGUUUGGCGGUCGUCGGUCAGCUAAACAAUAUAUUUAUCACCCUUUCGAAAAAGUUGAACAGACCGUAUAACUGAAAUAUUAUAGGGAACCGGGAAUUACUCCGAGAAGAUUUAAAAGUAAAUAAAUAAAAAAAUAAAUCGGAAAGGACCAUAUUAUUAUUGAAAAAUAAAUGAAUAGAUAAAAUAUAUUGAAGAGGAAAAAAAAAUAAAAUAUACAUGGUGCAAAUUAUGAAGGUUGUUUAACCAACCAUGCAUUAAUUGUUUAGGUGUUAUAAGGGUGUAUUCAUGGAAUACUCUUGAAAUGGACUGGUGCUAAUUUGGUAGGCUCAGCCUAAUUCAAAAUUGGACGAUUUGAUUGCUAAGCCAAUUCACACCGCCGAAAUUAAAAAGAAUUGACGUCUUCUUUACACCACAUUAAUUGCAAUAAAUUGUAUAAUUCACAGCACUUGCUNUUUUUU